UUAAGACACAGAAAACGUCCUCACAUGGUUUCUUCCUGACCCACACUGUAUAGGAAUUAACAGAGCAUAACGUCAUAAGAUCAAACGAAACAUACUCAUCAGACACACACUCACAAAACAGUGAGCAAACACACACACACUUAUGUACGGCAACCUGAGUCAGGACUUAAGCCUGUUAGUGUUUCAGCAUUAUUUUUGUGUGAGGACACAAACCUCUGAGUCCCUAAAAACACUGGACACCUGUUCCCUGGAUCCCAGUGGGAGAAAUUCCACUCCUCGGCGUGCGAGCGUGUGCACUAACUAGAAUGUUGACACUGGACUUUCCUGUCUCACGUGGACAUGACUUCCUUUACUACCGGCCCUAUUUAAAGGCCAGUGCGGAGCCAGGAGGGCUUCAGCAGAAGAUUAGAGCCGAAGUCAUCGCAGUCCACAUCAUGGAAGGAUAACCCACUGACCGACUGACGAUCUGGAUGUUUUUGUGAAGAGUCGUCCCCAUAUAAAGUCUGAGACGUGUGGACAUUGGGUCACAACCAUCUGUACAGUGGUUACUGGCAUCUAAAAGGUCUCAGCCCAGUCCAGGACUACACAAAGACUUUGUUGGACUUUUGGACUCUACGGUGAACAUCAAAGUUGCAGAGGUAUUUCAGAAAUCCAAAGCUACAGUUUCAAUAACAGUUUUGUGUGAAGCUCCCAGGUUAGGAUGAGUUGCAGUGGAACCACCACGCUCUCACCACAGGAGCCUCAGAUGUUUAAACGUGCAGUACGAAAGAUACGAUGUGCUGCUGUGGUGGCCAAUCUGGCUAAAAGUUGGCAGGGCUGGGCCAACGAACAUUCAGGGAAGCAGAGUGCUGCCCCCAGUGGCUGGGUACCUUCUUCUGUGGAGGACGAAGACAAAAAGGAGCAGAGACAUGUGGUCAAACUUACAGUCACUCCACGAGUCAUCGCAGGAGAUCCUUCCGACACAAGCGUGGAUAAGAUCCGAACAUGUUCUGUCACCAAGACCAUCCAGCCCAAACCCAGCGAAUGCAGCAUGAGCGACGUGGUCACUGUGAUUCGCGGGAAGAUGGAGUCAUGUCCUGUGGAGAGUAAGCCAUUCCUAGGCAAUGAGUCGCCAACACGCCGCAGACAGAUGAGGGCGCUACAGAGUGCAGAAGGUGGAGGAGGCAUCAUCCAGGACAGGAAGAUGAUGUUGCAGGAGAAGAAGAUGGGAUCAAGGAGCAGCAGCGUGGACACAGAAGACAGCGGGCUGGGAGAAGAGACAGGACUCAGUGACAUCAGUGAGUCCAAAAGUGAACAAGAAGUCCAGUCCAAGAUGCCAAUCAACAGACCCAAGAUUAAAAUCGCCACUAUGGGCGACAUCAAAAGCCGUUGGCAGCAGUGGUCCAAGCAGCAUUUGGAGGGUCAGAAGCUCAACCCCUUCAGUGAGGACUUUGACUAUGAGUAUGCCAUGUCACAGCGCCUCCAAAAGGGCGACUCUGGCUACGGCCGACCCAAAGAUGGCUCUAAAACAGCUGAGAGGGGCGACCGGGCUCAGAAGCACAUCCACAGGGAGAUGGAGGAGAUGGUGUGGCUCAUCAGAGACAUGGGCUUCAAAGACAAGGAAGGACGGACUGUCAUCAGCUUCGGUCGGCUGUUCGACCGCUACGUGAAGAUCUCGGACAAGGUGGUGGGCAUCCUGCUGCGCUGCCGCAAACACAAGAUGUUGGAUUUUGAGGGUGAGAUGCUGUGGAAAGGACAGGAUGAUGAUGUCAUCAUCACUCUGAGGGACUGACGGCCUUGUUCUAUGAACAUCCACACACCAUUGCUGGGCAGAAGACUCAGGCUUGUGAGCAGAAAUAUUUGCUCACAGUGAAAAAAAGUUUAGAAUAGAUUUUCCUUUACCCCAGGCCAUACAGUGGAAGAUGUACUGUAGUUAGCCUGGUAGUAAGAAUAGCUAGAAGAUCACUAGUUUGCUGGUUUAAUUCCCAGUAUCUCUGUUUGUUGUUAGAAUCUUAUUUCAGUGUGUGGGUAGUUGUUCACUCUGAACUGACCAUUGGUGUGAACGUGAGUGUGACUGUGAUGGACCAUAGAACUGUUCAGGGUGAAACCACACCAUCUGCUGACUGGCUGGCUUUCCCAGCUCUCAGAACCCUGGAAGGGAUUGUUUAGCAGAAAUUUCAUUAAUUAAUUUAUGGUGGAUUUCAUCAAAAUGUUGUCUUCAUCAUUAGUAAAAAUUGUAAAUGGUCUGUAAUUAUAUUUUUUAUUGUCAUGAUUAAUACUAACUUCACAUUGAAUUGUUUUGGGCCACAGAUGCCCCUGAGCCAGACUUUGGACACCCUGGAAUAUUUAAGGACAGGAUCAUAUUCAGUACAUCUCAGGAAAUUGAAUUCAUUUUUUUCUGUAUUGACUUUGAUGUUAUGGUGUGGUGUCUCUGUGUCCCUGACAUGGAGACGUGUGAAGGACACUGACAGCAGGUCAUCUGGUCUCAGUCAAACCAUCUUCAGCACUCCAACCAUGCUCACCCUCUUAACUAUUCAUUAUUGCUGAAACUCAAACUGUUCUCAACCUGUGGUUCAUCAUUUUAAAACUCGGUCGAUGACAACAGAAGAAAAACAGACUCAGAGUCUCACCGUCAUGUGACCAAAGCGAUGUUUUUUCAUCAGUGUCUACUCUCGGUCUCUCAGUUCCAGAUUUGUCUGACUAUUCAGGGAGUGUGCAGACGUUUACACUGGAGCCCUAAAGCCCUGGCUGAUGCUGCUCUGAGACUAGACCAGACUAGAGCCUGGAUUUAGUGGCUGUCAGUGCAGACACUGAGCUUUAGGUUUACUUUUUCUCUCUCAGUACGUCUGCUGCCAGGGUGUGUCCUGCAGAGCAGACAUGACAGAAGCCAGAAGGUGAGGGAGAAACGAGCAAACAGAAACAGUGGAGCUGCAAAUCCACAUGUCUGACAUUUAUACUCUUCAUAAAAAGAAGACCGCUGACAUUUGAGGUCUGCUUUUUUACUGUUAUUUGGUUAAAGCUACUGUUAGACCUUUAGACAGACACCCAGUCAGUUAGUCCCAUUACACAUGAGCUGUUAAACCAGAUGACGCCCUGUAUUAUCAAUAUAAACAUCUAAAUAUUGAAGAGUGAUAAACUAUUCAAGUUCUCGUGCUGUAUUCUAGAAAUCUUUGACAUCCACUGUAAUAUCUGAAUAUGUAUAAAAGUACUAAUAUCCUACACCAAUGACUCAAAGAAAUACAAGAUUGAGUUAAACUUGAUUUUUAUUGAUGGCUGAAAUCCAAUAAUAAUACACCACGUUGUGCAUUUACUCAACGACAGAACAGUUUUAUUAAAUAUCUCAUGUGGUCAAUGACAGUAGUCAGUCUAGUUAUCAACCAGUGUUUCCCAACCCUUCAGAGGCCAUGGCACAUGUGUUACAUUAGAAAAAUUCCCCAGUUCACCACCAGACAGAAAUGUCUGUGAAAGUAUAUGGAAUAUAAUAUAAGGAAUCUGCAAAUUUUAAAAUAGUCACAAUUUCCUGACUCAGUGUGAAUCCUGAGCCUCUUUAGUUGAACACGGUGAUGAAAUACUCACUUCUUCAUAGUUUUUAUAGCAAUCUGCUGCCACCUAGUGGAUAAAUAUUUCAUUUUUGGUCCAUCACUGUUGUAGAUUAACGAAGACAAAUUAUCUACAUGAAGUAAAAAUCUUUUUCAGACCAAUUUAGUGAUUUUGGAUAAAUUAUCCAAGGACACCUGAUGACCUCUCACGGCACUCCAGCGGGCCACGGCACAGUGGUUGGGAAUCACUGAACUAGAGUCUCAUAUCCUAAAAUAAUACAUUAAAAUCAAAGAUAAAUGCUACUCAGGUCUUCAGUUCUGUAGAACAUGAGGAAGAAAUGAAGGCAACAUCAGAAGAACUUUAAAAUAAGUCGGUAUGAAAAGUAUGGAAACAUGUGACAUCACUUUAAAUGAAUGUUGGAAAUUCUGCUGCUGCUUGAUUAAUUAGGCUUCAAUAAUUAACCUUGACAAAUGAUAGUGAAGUGAUGAUGGUAGAAUCCUGGACAGGUCUGAAUUAUUAACAAAACACUGGACUGGAUCGUAUCCUCAUCCACAGACCCAGUUAACCCAGACAAACAUUCAAUGAUCGGAGUAAACAUGUCCACAGCAGUGAAAUUAAAAAAAAAAAAAGUCAUUCACGUUAUA